GGACAGCAGGGGUCCCUGUAGAUCAGUCCUGAAGUUCCGUCUCUGCUGAGAGUUCUACGCCUGUGUCUGGGCAGCCACAGUGCAGACGCCGCAGCAUCCUGCAUAAAGCAUCGCCCUGGCCCCCAUCCGACUCAGAUGUGUUUGCCGGCAAACUGAGCCACACUGUCGUGGAGCUGUGAAGGCAGGUCCCUCUGAGGCUGAUUUCCAUAGUCCUCCUUCCUUGCUAAACCUGGUAUACAGCAGAUGAACAUGGCCUCCUGGGCCUCGCCCGCUGCCGCUCCUAGGGAACCUGCAUCUGUUGGGUGUGGCACAACAGGACCGGGCCCUGAUGGAGCUCUCAGAACGCUACGGGCCAGUGUUCACCGUGCACCUGGGGUUACAGAAGACCGUGGUGCUGUGCGGCUACGAGGCGGUGAGAGAGGCCCUGGUGGGGACCGGCCAAGAGCUAGCCGACCGGCCCCCCAUCCCCAUCUUCCAGAUCAUCCAGCAAGGCGAGGGCAUCUUCUUCUCUUCUGGAGCACGCUGGAGAGCGGCGCGCCAGUUCACGGUGCGUGUGCUGCACAGCCUGGCCGUGGGACAGCCGUCCGUGGCUGACAAGGUGCUGCAGGAGCUGGCCUGUCUCACAGGGCAGCUGGACAGCUAUGGAGGCCGGCCCUUCCCCCUGGCCCUGCUGGGCUGGGCUCCCUGCAACAUAACCUUCACGCUCCUCUUUGGUCGGCGGUUCGACUACAAGGACCCUGUGUUUCUGUCCCUGCUGAGUCUCAUCGAUGAGGUCAUGGUCCUUUUGGGGUCUCUGGGUGUCCAGCUGUUCAACGCUUUCCCCCGGAUGGGGGCCCUGCUGCAGCUGCACCGGCCGGUCUUGCGCAAGAUCGAGGAGGUGCGAGCCAUCCUGAGGACCCUGCUGGAGGCCUGGCAGACGCCUUCUCCCCGGGAUGGCCCAGUGCAGAGCUACGUGGAGGCUCUGCUCCAGCAGGGCCAGGCCGACGCCCACGAGGGCCUGUUUGCCGAGGCCAACGUCGUAGCCUGCACGCUGGACAUUCUCAUGGCCGGCACCGAGACCACAGCAGCCACACUGCAGUGGGCUGUGCUCCUGAUGGCCAAGCACCCAGCAAUUCAGGAUCGCAUGCAAGAGGAGCUGGACCGCGUGCUGGGCCCUGGGCGCCCACCCCGGCCAGAGGACCAAAGGGCUCUGCCCUACACCAGCGCUGUGCUGCACGAGACCCAGCGCUACAUCACCCUACUGCCCCACGUGGCCCGCUGCACGGCGGUGGACACCCGCUUGGGCGGCUACCUUCUUCCCAAGGGCACGCCCGUGAUUCCCCUGCUCACCUCCGUGCUCCUGGACAAGACGCAGUGGGAGACCCCCGACCAGUUCAACCCCGGCCACUUCCUGGAUGCAGAGGGGCGGUUCGUGAAGCGGGCAGCCUUCCUGCCUUUCUCUGCAGGACGCCGAGUCUGUGUCGGGGAGAGCCUGGCCAGGACAGAGCUGCUCCUGCUGUUCGCUGGCCUCUUCCGGCGCUACCGCCUGCUGCCUCCCCCUGAGGUCAGCCCCGCCGGCCUGGACACCCGGCCCGCGCUGGCCUUUACCAUGCGGCCACGGGCCCAGACCCUGUGUGCCAUGCCUAGGCCCUAGGACACUUACACUUGGGCAAACGCCCAGAGCCCAGCCCUCCCUCAGGCUGCCCUACAGGCAGUGGGGCGAGCACAGCGUCUCUGUGGAUGAGUGACGAGUGGAGGGCACCAUUGCCCAGCUCCGGACCAUCACAAUCAUCUCUACACAAGACAGCGGGCACCGUGGGGCCAGGCUGUCCACCCUCCUGUGCAGUGAGGGCUGGAAGUCAGGCCCUCAUCUGGGCACUGUGGGAGCAGGGUUGCUCCUGUCCAGCCCAACAGCCCCAGUCUGCCUUGGAAGCCCCCCCACCCCAGAUACUGUGGACCUCUCUUCCACUCUUAUCCCCAGAGUGCAGACUGACCUUUCAGCUCUUGUUCCCCAUCCCAGAGCCUCCCUCUGGCUUCACCCAGCUUCCCUGUCAGGCCGUGUAAGCCCCCCAUGCCCUGAUGCCCAGGCUGCACCCCUUCCCACAGCCGCAUUACUUCUUCACGUGGCAUCUGACCUUCUCAUCCUUCCACGGGGCAGCGUUCGCCAGGCCCUUCCCAACCCAGCACCCACAGUUUGAGAUGAUUGGACUCAGGCCAGGGGCCCCCUAAAAAUGUCACCCCACUUCACAGCCUCUGGGGGCUGUGCCCAGCAGGUGUUCUGCUCCAUCAUGGGGUGCUGCCCCUCGUAUCCCAGCUAGGUAUGCUCCUCUUGGGAUGCUUGAACUCAGCCAGCUAAGGCUGAAGCCCAGUGCCACCUGGUUUGUGCCAAUGUGCCGGCAAGCUUUGCUAGGAGACACCCUGGGUGGAACACUUGGGGUGUUUGGGGCCAGUAUGAGACCAGGGGUUCCACAGAAGUGCAGAAGCUUCUGGGAAAGGGAACCCCGUACUCCAGCAAGGUCCCCCUACUGAUCUGACCACACCUGUGCCCUGUGGGGCCCGGCCACGUCAGGCUCCCCUGACUCAAAGCUGUGGUCCCUCCUCCUUCUCCGUGGAGGCCUGGCCGGGGUGCACAGCUGGGGUGGUCCCACCUGGCCUCCAUGACUCCCCUGAGAUUUCCUGGAAGGGGGGCAUCUCCAGCAGGGAAUCCAUGGGACAUACCUGCACCUAUACAUGGCUGAGGUAUCUGAAUUCAGACCUAACUAGGCCUUAUGUUACACCUGGAAAGUCCUCCUAACAGCCCUCUCUGUCCAGGCUAUUGUCCUGGGAGCCCUGCUAGUUUGGGACACUCUAGUGGUUGUGGUAAGUGGAAGGAAGGGGGGUCCUGCUAGCAUUUUUGACUCUAAUAAUGGCAGUGCUGGGCUGUCAGGAGAAAGCAGCCUCAGGCUGGAGAACUGGCUUAGCGGUUAAGUUGCUUGCCUGCAAAGCAUGAGGACCUAGGCUUGGUUCCCCAGUACCCUU